UCCAUUAGGAUUAUUUUAAUUACUUAUACAGGAUUCAACGGCGGUAGAAAUUACAUAUAUAAGGACCACCCAUUUAAUUAUAAUCGCCACAGUUGUAAAGUUUGCUUUUUGCAAUUCACAUUAGCAAUGUUUCGUGUUAUUGUUUUAAUGUCUUUCGCAGUAGCACAAGAAGCCGUUUUGGCAAAUAACCACUACAGAAAAGCUACGUUUUCAAAAUACGGGCCCAACGUGUGUGCGGUCGAAGAAGUGAUGUCGGGUGUCGGCCACGGCGUGUCUACGUACCGGGAACGCGGUUGGUCUUUGGAAAAGCGCCAGCAACGGACGUGCAGACCGAACACAGCUGUCAGGUACGAGUGUUGCGAAGGGUUUAAGCCUGUGCACGGUCGUCCCGGAUGCACCGGAGUCAAAUCGCCAAAGAACGUGUUGGAAACCGCUCAAGAACUUGGAGCUCGCGAAUUCGUCCGAUACGCCAAGCAAAACGGUCUGUACGAUUUGUUGACCACCGGAGGACCUUACACGAUAUUCGCGCCCACCGACGAUGCUUUUGCCAAAAUGGACGAGUCGUCGAGACUGACUUUGGCUUCGUGCAAUUUGACGGCUAGCGAAAUAAUCAAAUACCACGUGGUGCCCCAAAGAAUUGUCACAUACAACAUGUCAGCUGACUCGCUCUUGUGUACGUUGAACGAUGGACUGCAGUUGAGAUUUAACAAAUAUUCAACUAAAAUUGAAACUAUUAACUGCGUCACUUUGGCGAGAAAAAAUCGCAUCGCUCAAAAUGGAGUUGUACACUUAAUCAACUCCGUAUUGAGUCCUUACAGUUAUUCGAAUCGGAAUUUGGUGCAAUCGAUCAAUCAAAAUGCAGAGUUAACGAUAUUCGCAAAAAUGAUUGAAAUCGCCCGCGUGCAUCAGAGUCUAAAAGACACGUUUCAAACAAUCACAGUUCUAGCUCCGACCGAUAAUGCUAUUCGAACACUGCCGCCAAAUCAGAUCCGCAGAAUAUUGAACGAUGAGAAAAUGAGUAAAGAGUUCGUUUCAAAACACAUGUUGGCGACACCAGUUUGCUUAAGCGCGAUUACUGAAGAACACUAUGUAAAAAGCCUUGCAGACAACCAUUACGUGGAGUUCAGUUGCGAUGCAUUGAACUCCUCGGUGACGAUCCAGGGUAACUGCAUCAGCAAUGACUUGAAAUUAACAUCAAACGGAUUAUUGUACACUGUGAAUUUCGUUUUGAGCAACGAGGAAGGGAAAUCGAUGUUCCAAAUAAUGCAGCAACACUUAGAACUGACGGAAUUCAUUCAAAUAGUUAACGUCGCCGGUCUAACACAUACUUUUGAAAGUCACAAUUAUUCACUGACGGUAUUUGCUCCUACUAACCAGGCAAUGAGAUGUUUAGAUCCAAUCGUGCUCCGUCGCGUUCAAACCGACCCCGACGCUGCUCGGAAAUUCGUCGAGCAUCACGUGGCCAAAGAGAUAAUAACACCCGUGAGCGGCGUUUAUGACAAUAAGAUGGUAGAGAGCUUGGCUCGGGGACAAAAGUUGCGCCUCCAGUGUAUCCAGAACGUCUUCGGGAUCGAAGGACACCGGUUGAACUUACAGCCCGUAGUCGGUUUUAACGGGGCCGUCCACACUGUUGACAAAGCGCUAUUGCCUUUGACGGUGUCCGUCGAAGACCUCGUGGCGAAUAACAAUAGUUUUAGCAUUUACGCGCGAGCCGUCGAUUUAUUAUCGAGUAUUUCACCUUCGACAUCGUUGGAAUUAUUUUGCGGCAAUCACAAUACGUAUUUUUUGCCGACCGAUUGCGCGUUUAAUAAACUCGGCUCUGACAAAUUGACGUGGAUGUUUAACAAUCCGCUGUACUUGCGCAAAGUCCUGUACAACCAUCGAGUGGAACGAAUGGUGUCGUCGGAAUUAAUCAAAGACAACCGUUGGCAGUAUGAAAUCCAAACGAAAAACGAAAUCGUGUGCGUGACGAACAAAGGCAACCAGCUAAUGGUCAACAACGUCCGAGCAGUCGAAACCGACAUAAUGACGACUAACGGAAUCGUCCACGUGGUCGACGACUUAAUUGUACCGCAAUACUGACGGUAUUGUCGAGCAUCGAAUAACAAUAAAUCGGGUACAUUAAUCUAACGAAUAAUUACUAAUUGUAGCAAAACAUAAAAAAUAUACAUUACUCAUUUAAUUUAUCCACGUGUUUAUAAUU